UCGGGCUACCAGAAAUAUGUUCCAUUGAUUAGCUUUGGAACACACAAGAGGAAACAACCCUUGCACAAUUACGUGUUCACGUUGAUUCAGCUGAAGCAAGCACAAAAGAUGUGCCUCGGUAUUCAUUCUCUCAAUGCACAACCCUCCCUCUCCUCCCUCAAUAGAACCAACACCACCUGCAACUCCAACCUUUCUAUGUGCACAACCCAUGAAACACCUACCAUAACAAACUUUAAUUCGAUAUCCCGCAAACACAAACAACAAUUGUGCCUCUUCUUCUUCUUCUUCUUCAUGGCCUCAAUCCCUGAAUUCAUUUCAGCUCUCACCGAGCUCCUCUUCUCCAUGGCAUAUUGCCAUCUAACUGUACUAGUCCUUGCAGGCUGUCUUCUCCUCUAUCUUGUGUACAGGAGGAAAGCUGCAAUUUACUUGCUCGAUUUCACUUGUUAUCGGCCACCCAAUUCGCAUCGGCUACCAAUGUCCAUGUUUGCAGAGCACAUCGUCCACGACAACUUUGACCCCGAUGCCAUAGCCUUCCAAGUCAAGAUCCUAGAGAGAUCAGGGUUCAGUGAGGAAACCUGCAUUCCUCCAUCUCUCCAAGAACUGCCCAUCAGAAAAUCCUUCUUGUUCAACAAAGAAGAGGCUGAAACAGUCAUGUUCUCUGUGGUCGGAGGCCUGUUGGAGAAAGCAAAGAUAAGCCCCAGAGAUAUAGAUAUACUGAUCACUAACAGCAGUAUGUUUUCUCCUACCCCAUCUCUCAGUGCCAUGAUAAUAAACAAGUUCAGAAUGAGAAGCAAUACAUUUAGUUUCAACCUUUCUGGUAUGGGGUGCAGUGCCGGGAUAGUUUCAGUCAGUUUAGCUAACGACUUGCUGAGAAUUCAUCAAAACACUUUGGCCUUAAUCGUCAGCAGUGAGAUUCUGAAUCAAAACUGGUACACUGGCAAGGACCACUCCAUGCUGCUAACCAAUUGUCUAUUCAGGAUGGGGGCUGCAGCGAUAUUACUGUCAAGCCGACAACAAGACAGGCGGAUGGCUAAAUACACGCUACAACACCUUGUUCGGACGAACAAGGCACAAGAAGAUCAAUCCUAUGACUGCAUUUUUCAAGAUUUGGACAUGGAAAACAAAGUUGGUGUAUCCAUAUCAAAGAGCAUCGUAAAUGUGGCAGGGGAAGCACUGAAGACAAACCUUGCUUCAUUAGGACCACUUGUUUUGCCGCUAACCGAGCAGCUUCAAUAUGGUUCAUCACUAAUCUGGCAGAAAGCAGUAGGGAGGAAAAGAAUCUAUACCCCGGAUUUCAGAAGGGCGUUUGACCACUUCUGCAUACAUGCAGGAGGGAAAACUGUUAUUGUCGCAAUUAAGAAAGCCCUUAAGUUGAGAGAGCAGGAUGUGGAGGCCUCCAAGAUGACACUUCACAGGUUUGGAAACACCUCCUCUUCUUCGAUUUGGUAUGCACUUAGCUAUUUGGAAAUCAAAGGGAGGAUGAAAAAGGAUGACAGAAUCUGGCAAAUUGCCUUCGGAAGUGGAUUCAAGUGCAAUAGUGCAGUAUGGAAGUGCCUCCACAAUGUGAAGCCAGAUAUGGCUAAUGCAUGGAGUGAUACAAUUCACUCAUAUCCUGUCGAUAUACCUGAUAUUUUGAAGAUUUGAUUAGAAUAAAGUAAACUAAUGAAAGGUAGCAAAUCUAAUUGAUAUUCACACCUGCAAAGUGUUAAAUUUCUAGUCAAUGUAAAACGAAGGGAAUCUAUGCAAAAUUCUUGUAAAAUAAAUACUAUGAAAAAGGUUUUUUUUUUUUUUUUUUAUCUUUAAGGUUGAUAUGAAAAG